AUGGUCUUUCAUUUUGAUCCCCUCCUCCUCCGCCUCUUCAACAGCAAGAUCCAUCAAUACCACGUCCCCAACAUGCUCCGUGACUUCGCUAUCGUUGUCUCGAAGCUCAAUGCGUUUGAUCUGUUGUUGAUCGUCCAGGUCAAUGAUGUAGACAUCGUGUUUCUUGAAGAACCGAGGAGUUUUGUUGCAGUAGCCGAAAUCUCCGGCCCCCGUUGUCCGGAAUCGAGCGACAUGGCAAGUGACUCGUCCUCGGUCGACAAGCAGGAGCCGGUGGGCUGUGUGUUGGUCGCAUUGUCUCUCGUGCUUAAACCAGUCGAUGAUAGAGUCAGUAUCGACGCAGAUAUCGCUUGGAUUCUCCAGCCUGUCGAUAAGCCUCGCGUUUGGACUCAAGUGCGGUUUUACACCACCCCAGUCCUCAUUGUCGAAGCACCGAAAGAAGUGACGAAUCUUGCUAUCAAUGGCCCGUCGCAAAGGGCGAUCCGGAACCUCACCAUUGACUUCAGCAGCGAAGAUGUUGAGAGCGUCGUGGCCGCAGAAGUUCAUCUUAUCGUGAUGCUGAAAGAGGAAAGUCAGCAUAGCUUCCAUGAAGAAUAG